AUGGGAGAAAGAUCACGUAAAAGACAAAAACUAGAAGAAGAAGAACGAGAGGAAGAAGAAGAAAAUAAUAAAGAACCAGUAAUAGAUAAUCUAGAAGCAGAAUUAGUAGCAGAAGAAUCAGAAAAAUCAUUAAAAGAACAUCCACAUCCAACUAUUGAAGAAAAAUUAAUACAUCAUGAUCAAGGAGAAUUUUCAAAUUUGAAACGUCAUGAAACAACAGCACAACAAGCAGAAAAAUUAGAAAAUGGACCAACAAAUCCAUUUACUGGUUUACAAUUUUCUCAAAAUUAUUUUAAAAUUUUAAAUAUAAGAAGAGAUUUACCAGUUCAUUCUCAAAGACAAGAAUUUUUGCAAAUUUAUCAAAAUAAUCAAAUAAUGGUAUUUGUUGGAGAAACAGGGUCCGGAAAAACAACACAAAUUCCUCAAUUUGUUUUAUGGGAUGAAUUACCUCAAUUAAUUGGAAAACAAAUAGCAUGUACUCAACCAAGAAGAGUUGCUGCAAUGUCUGUUGCUCAAAGAGUUGCAGAUGAAAUGGAUGUUAAAUUAGGUGAAGAAGUUGGUUAUAGUAUUAGAUUUGAAAAUAAAACCCUGAAUAAAACUAUAUUAAAAUAUAUGACUGAUGGUAUGUUAUUAAGAGAAGCAAUGGAUGAUAAUUUAUUAUCAAGAUAUUCUUGUAUUAUAUUAGAUGAAGCUCAUGAAAGAACAAUGGCAACAGAUAUAUUAAUGGGAUUAUUAAAACAAAUUAUUCAAAGAAGAAAAGAUUUAAAAAUUAUUAUAAUGUCUGCAACAUUAGAUGCAGAAAAAUUUCAAAAUUAUUUUAAUAAAUCCCCGCUUUUAGCAGUACCUGGUAGAACUCAUCCUGUUGAAAUUUAUUAUACUCCAGAAUUUCAAAAAGAUUAUUUAGAUGCUUCAAUAAGAACUGUUUUACAAAUUCAUCAAACUGAAUCCAAGGGAGAUAUAUUAUUAUUUUUAACAGGUGAAGAAGAAAUAGAAGAUGCUUGUAAAAAAAUUCAAUUAGAAAGUGAUGAAUUAAUAAGAGAAGGUAAAACUGGUCCACUCAAAGUUUUACCAUUAUAUGGUUCAUUACCUCCAAAUCAACAACAAAGAAUAUUUGAAAAAGCUCCAAUAUCAAAUGAUGAAAAUAAUAAACCUGGUAGAAAAGUUAUAAUAUCAACAAAUAUUGCUGAAACUUCUUUAACUAUUGAUGGUAUAGUUUAUGUUAUUGAUCCAGGUUUUUCAAAACAAAAAGUUUAUAAUCCAAGAAUAAGAGUUGAAUCAUUAUUAGUUUCUCCUAUAUCAAAAGCAAGUGCUCAACAAAGAGCAGGUAGAGCAGGUAGAACAAGACCAGGAAAAUGUUUUAGAUUAUAUACUGAAGAAGCAUUUAAAAAAGAAUUAAUUCAACAAUCAUAUCCAGAAAUUUUAAAAUCAAAUUUAUCUUCUACAGUAUUAGAAUUAAAAAAAUUAGGUAUUGAUGAUUUAGUACAUUUUGAUUUUAUGGAUCCUCCUGCUCCUGAAACAAUGAUGAGAGCAUUAGAAGAAUUAAAUUAUUUACAAUGUUUAUCUGAUGAUGGUGAUUUAACUGCUUUAGGAAGAUUAGCUUCAAAUUUUCCUCUUGAUCCAAUGUUAGCAGUAAUGUUAAUUGGUUCUUCUGCUUAUGAAUGUUCAGAAGAAAUUUUAACAAUAGUUGCAAUGUUAAGUGUUCCUAAUGUAUUUAUACGUCCAGCAAGUGCAAGACAAAGAGCAGAUGAUGCAAAAUUAUCUUUUGCUCAUCCAGAUAGUGAUCAUUUAACUUUGGUAAAUGUAUAUGAAGCAUUUCUUAAUGCUCAUGAAUCAGAUGAAGGAGUACAUAAAUGGUGUAGAGAUAAUUUUUUAAAUUAUAGAUCAUUAAUUUCUGCAAAAAAUGUUAAAAAUCAAUUAAUUAAAAUUAUGGAAAGAUAUGAUUUACCAAUAAUUUCAAAAUAUAAUGAAAUUUCAGAAUUUAAAUAUUGGGAAAAUAUUAAAAAGGCAUUAGUGAGUGGAUUUUUUAUGCAAGUUGCAAAAAAGAAAAGUGGUGGUUCCAAGGGAUAUUUGACAAUCAAAGAUAAUCAAGAUGUUUUAAUUCAUCCAAGUACUAUUGUUUCAAUUAAUGGUGAAUGGGUAAUUUAUAAUGAAUUUGUUUUAACAAGUAAAAAUUAUAUAAGAAAUAUUACUAUUAUAAAACCUGAAUGGUUAAUUGAAAUUGCUCCAAAAUAUUAUAAUUUAAAUCAUUUUGUAAAGGGAGAUGUUAAAUUAAGUUUAGAAAGAGUUAUUGAUAGAGUUGAAAGUUUGAAAAAAAUUGAAAAUAAGAAAAAGAAGUAG